UAGUUUUUAUGCGAUAUUUAUAAAGUAGGUUACCCGUUUGUUUAUUUAUCAUGCAUUUGUUAUUGGCAAUAGUCGGGGUUGAUGGCUUAUACAUACGCGUUUUAAAAAGCUGUCUCUAUGUUUAUUUAAGAAGAAAGUUUUUGUCUUACACAACUUGAAAACUAGUUAGGCGCGCCGCGGUCUACUAUGUGGGUCUUGCUGCAUGGGCCGUCCUCGUUACCAUGGAAACCCUGUUACAAUGCUGUGAUCUGUGACGCUAAAGUCAGCCUUGAGCUAAACGGACCAAACUCAACAAUUUAAAAAGAACAAGACGUAUUAUGUUAUUAUUUUGCCUUCAUAUAAUCGCCAGAAAUGUCACCGCUCAAAGAUAUUAAAUUCCCACCCUUAACACCGACACUACAACAAAGACUUACAUAUGACCAUGGUCUACAAAAUGACACUGUCCAGACAUCAGAGGAAGGUCAAGAAGGCGAAAGUGUUGGUGCUGUUUCUGUCCAGCCUGCAGCGAGGAAGUUGUGCUGGACAGGUAGCAGUUACAUUUAUGCAGGCCCAGGGAGAAAGCCUCAACUCCUGAUGCACCUGGAGAGCUAUGUGACCAAGGAGCUGCAUACUAUCAGCUUCCAGGAGCCCAAAUUUCAGGAACUGAAACUACAGGUCUACCGUGAUGUCUUUGGUUGUUUCAUCAAAGAGUUCAAAACCUACCAACCUCUUCUUUCUGCCAUCAAAAAGGAAUAUGAAAACACGUUAGCAUAUCAGCAGAAUCAAAUCCGAGAACUGGAACCACUGCGAGCCCAUCUGAGGCUGAUGACAGAGGAAUGUGACAGGAAGAUUCAAGCUCGCUGGGCAGAGGAGCAGGCUGAGAUUGGAGCCCUGAAAAAGGAGAAGCAGCAGCUGAAGACGGACAUUGAGGCCAUGAGGGAGAAAGAAAAGGCCAUGCAGGCAGUGAUGGACUGUCUGCAGUCUGAACUCUCCAACCAGUAUCUGCAGUACCGGGAGGAGCGUGAUGCCCGCAAGUUGCUGAUCUGGCAGCUCAAUGACCUAACAAGAGACAAGGAGGAGCAUCCUGCAGAUGAAAAUACAGAAGAGGCUAAGGACCCUGUGGAGCUGCAGCUCGCUCUGAGGGUGUGUCAGGAAGACCUGACUAAAGCCCAGGAGGAGCUCAACAGGAUGAAAGCAGAGUACUGGGACGUUGUGCCACGAUGCAACUGGGACACUCUGGAACAAACACACAAACAGACCCUCCUGCAGUUGAAGACGCUGCAGGGUGACUUUGAUCAGUUGAAGAGUGAGUAUGACACCCUGCUGGAGCUCCACAAAAGAGGCAGCAUGCAGAACGAGACACAUGACCCUAUCACUGUGCAGAUGGAUGAGAGUGUGUCCCAAGGCGAAAGCCAGAUUCAGUCCAACCAACUAAAAGAGCCUAUCGACUCUGAUGCCCCCGAGAGCAGCAAACUCACUGUCCAGGAGUUUAGAGUCUUUUGUGCAUGUAUGUAUAGGGCUGCCCUAAGGACAGCGUUCCCUCUUAAGUCAGAUCAGGAAAUAGAUGAACUUGUGGCCUCAGCUCAAAGCGAACCAGACAGCAGCAAUGACACCAUCUCCUCUCAGAGACUCCACAGCCUGCUUGCAGAAGCCGGUGUGUCGGCCUUCCCUCCAGCUCUCGAUGAAGAAAAUGCUGCAUCCAAUCACUUUCCAGCCAGCGGCUGAUAUAAUGUUGUAGUAUUAAUGUAAUUGAAUGUUAAUCAAGAAGGUAGGUCAACUUGCUGGCUAAGAAAAAAACGGUGUAUGGAACCUUAAUUCUUGAAUCACAGGUUAUUGUCCCCACAACACAUUUUUAACAGUUUCUGAUAUUUAAACAACUGUAAAUGUAUGUACAGUAAUAUUGUUAUCAUAUCAUUGUCUGCCUGAUGGCUUUUUAUUGUGUCUUGCACUCUUAAGGUAUUCAUUACAACUUCAAAAUACAUGUUAACUUCCAA